AUGUCGAGCCGCUAUAUUUUGCCAGUCGAGCCUGCGGAUGGCCGCGGCGAGACCGUCGUCAUCGAAGUGCUGCAGCAGGGCAGCCACCCUCUGGACGUCAGAUUGGUGGGCUGCGAGGGCGAAACCCCAUAUGUGACUUCGAUCACGCACCGCAAUCUCGCCAGUCUCAAGCACAAAUUCAAGGGCAGCGACGACGAGUGGGCCGCCGUCGUGUCUCAUUUUCUGCUCCAGCAACAGCCCGAAAUCGGCCAGACCGACAUCUUGGACGGUGUUCGCAUGGUCUACACUUUGAAAAACAAGAACCUAGAACUUUCUUUUCGCCAGGACGUUGGGAACAUCAAGGUCACGCUGGGUGAGAUUGUCCUUCCAGAAGACGAUGAGUUUGAGUUCAACCCGUUUGAGUGGGCGCAGGCAUCAGCCAUGGCGCACGCCAAAACGUUGCAGCAGGUGGUCAACUUGAAAGACCAAGUCAAGAGCGAGCAACACACCCUCGCCAAACUCAAUGCGCAACUGGAUGACUUCAUCAAAACUAAGAAUGACACCGAGACGGCCAUGCUCCAGCAGUUCAUGCAACUGCUAAACGAGAAGAAGCGGAAGAUCCGGGACCAGAGUCGUCUGCUAGCUGGCGCAAAAGUCGACAAUCCCACAGCGGCGGCCGUACAGUCGACCCGAGCAGACACCAAGACUCGCAAACCAGGCGCAUCGCGAACGUCGAAGCGUAAAGCGCCGGCACAAGCAGCCGAGCCAGAGGCAACUCCAGAUGCAGACAGCGACCAGAUGGAGAUCGAAGAGCAGGACGACGAGGAAAUGCCCGAACCCAUGACCCCAGAGCAGUCCGACAAUGAAACAGACGAGGAGGAUGAACCUUUACCACACCCCAGAGGCAGGUCAUCCGAGACGCUGAGAGCAAGUUCUGUUGCACAGAGUUCCAGAAGUGAAGCCACGGGGAGCAAGGGUGCACCACCACCUCGAACACUUCCCUUCCAGAAGAGAAUGACGCGAAUUGAUAAUGUACAGAAACAGCCCUCUCCAGCAGCAGCAACAACAGCAGCGGACGACGACGACGAUGACGAGACAGACGAUGAGGAGCUGUAG